CAGAAUUUUUUUUUACCCAAUUGUCAAUUGAGUUUCUGGUUAAUUGUUUUAUGUUUACAUUUUACUAAGUUGAUUCUAAUCAAUUGAUUAGAGUUUACAACUUGAUUGGGCCUUUAACUGUUGUCUAUGUUUAUUUUAAUUGUCUAGAUAUUGUUGACCUUUUGAUGUUACUUGUUUAAAGCCUUGGAUUCUUAUGGGUGUUUAUUGAGAUACAAAAUUUGAUUUAUUGGUGUUAGCUGAUUAUGGCCACUCAAGCUCAAGGAACGCCUGAUACUGGGCCCAUUGAUUAUCCAGCGAAAGUGAAAGAUCUUGAAGAGAAAUUAUUGACUUUGAAAAUCAAACGAGCUGAAGAUGGUCGAAAGAUCCAGGAAAUGGAAAGAAUCAAGAUUCAAAACCAACAGUUAUUAGAGUUUAAGAAACAAAUUCUUGAAUCAAGGGCUGAAUUGCAGAAACAAUUAGUUCAAGCUAAAAAAGACGCUGAAGAAGCCAUUGCUGAUAAAGCUCGUCAUGCUGAAGAGAUGAAGGAUUUGGCAGAAACAGCGGAAAUCGCUUGUCUUGAUAAAGAAAUGGCUGAAGAAAAAUAUGAACAAUUAUUGAAGGAAAAUGAAACAUUGAAAGAAAAAUUGGAAGAAAUUUCAAUUGAUUUCGAAUUGUUGAAAAGUGAGAUUGAUGUUCAUGGUGAUGGUGUUUCCAAUGCUUAUGAGGUUAAGCAACUUCAACAACAAAAUGCUCGUUACAAUGAGGCGAUCAUUAAAUUGAGAGAUAUAUUAUCAGCUGAUAAGGUGGAAAUCCAAGGAUUACAAAAAGACUUGAAAGAAUCUCUUAAUCAAGUGAGUGAGCUACAAAAAUUGAAGGAAAAAUACGAGAAAGAGAUUAGCAGUUUAGAGGAAAAUAUCAAUGAGUUAAAGGAACAGAUUGAUGACGCUCUUGGUUCUCAAGAAAUGGUCGAAAUUUUGACGGAGAAAAAUCUUGAACUCGAAGAUAAAGUGAAAACCCUUCAGGAAGAGGUAGACGAUCUCGAUAAAAUUCACGAGAUAAAUGAACAGUUACAAGAAGGAGCUCGUGACACGGAAUUGGAACUUCGUGAAGAAUUGGAUCUCAAUCGAACCAAAAUAAACAACCUUCUCAAGAAAGUAGAAGAUGGACAAGAAGCCUUAGCCAGUUACGAAAGUACCAUUCAGAAAUUCAGAGAACUUGUGAAAUCGUUGCGAGAUGAAAACUCGGAUCUUCGUAAACAAGGAAACCUCGCUCAAGUUCAGAGUCAAGAACAGCAAGUGGAAAACAUUGAAUUUAAAAUGCGUUUCGCUGAAUCAAAAGCCUUCGCUCAUGCCGUUGAAAUGGAUCUUCGAAGAUUGGAAGUGACACAAUAUAAGAAACAAAUUAAACUUUUAUCUAAAUUUUUACCUCAAAGCUUCUUCAUGCCCGGAGGAGAUCAUGAUGCUAUACAAGUGCUUCUCUUUGUCAUUAGAAUGUUCGAAAAAUGUGACAUAAUCUCUCGUCAGAUCGUUGAAAAAUACCCGCUGGUGGAAGAUUAUCAAUUAGAGGCUUGUAUUGACUCAGAUUCUGUGAUCAAGAAAACAAAUGAAACGAUUAGACAACAAGGUUUCACUCGUCGAUUGCUUUUCCUUUUGUCAUCUAUUCAAACGAUUCUGGGCCAAUAUACUGAUUCUUUGAAAUCGUGUUCCAUUGAAUUGUAUCUCAAAAUAGCUUCACUUUAUCCCGAACUGAAGACUCACGAGAAAACGAUUGAUGGAUUCAUUGAAUUACUCAAGAAAGAUCAAUUCGACGAGACGAUUUCAUUGGAUAAUCUUGAGAAAGCUUUAAAUUACUUUGUCUCUUUAUAUAAUCUUCAUCUUGCCGAUAACAAAGUUAACAAUUGCCGUGACUUGCUUUCUAAUUUUGUCUCCAUCAUGAAAUCGGGUGUUGAUGUUUCCCUUAUUGAUGUUAUCAUGAUUGACAAAUGUAUCUCACCAAGCGCCGAGGGAAGAGAGCGAAUCGAUAUGCUGAAAACUUACCUUGGAGAUAUUCAAGAAUUUUGUAAAAAGAUAAGACGUCGUUUGAUUGCCGACAACAAUGGUAUCAAUUUGAGUCCAAUCUUGGAAAAUGAAAUUCGUGAUUGUAUCAUUCAAAUGUUCAAAUCAGUCGCUGCUCUUCAUACGAUAAGAACUACAAUCGUUGAAGCGGCUAUCGAAACGUCGUUGGAAACCGAUGAGAUAACACUUUUCCAGGGAUUCCAAGAAAUCGACGCCAUGAUCACUCAAACGGGAGGAUUCAAAUUCUUGGAGGUUUCUCUUAACGGCAUCAUGAGUGUUUGUAGUCAACUAUCAACAGGAUUACAACAGGGAGAUUUUGAGGGAGAGGUUAAACGAAUUGAAAGUUCAGAUGAAGAUCGCUUGGAUCCUCUUGAAGCUCGUGCUCAAUAUGUCACAGAUCAAAGUGGUAAAUUAAGUGAAUACAAGAUUAAAUUGGAGAGCAAAGAAAACGAAAUUAACGAAUUAAAGAAAGCGCUGAAAUUGAAAAUUUCGGAAACAAGUGAGAUGCAGAUUAGAAAAGAUUUGGCCGAGAAAAAGUUACUUUCGGCAACUAAAAGCUCUAAUGAAAAGGUCGGUAAACUUCAAGCCGAACUUGAUGAACAUCGAGAUAUGACCCGAAGACGAGAACGUGAAUAUGAGGAGACUUUAAAUCAUUACCAGGCCGAUAUUGAGGCUCUCGAAUCUGAGCGAAGUGAAUUAAAAGAGAAAGUUAAAAUUCUAUCCAAACGAACCAUUUUCGAAGGACUAACCAAAUCAGUGACUUCAUUAAACUCAUCAAAUCCUCGCCAUGACACCUCACCUUCAGCAUCACUUUCACCGCUCGAGGCCAGUUACAUGCAACAAAUUUCAUCCCUACGAAAUGCCCUGAAAACAGUAAAGGACGAUAACAUUAGACUCCAAUGUCGCCUUGAAGAAAAGAAAUUGAAAAUCGAUAAUGUUAAAUUUCACUCGAUUCUUUCCCGAACUAAACCUCUUUGGUACCUUAAGGUAACCGGAAAAGAGAAACAAUUAAUUGGUAACAUUGAUGAUUAUUCUGGAGGAGAUAAAAUCAAAGCCUUGUACAUAAAAGAGCGAAAUCUAAUCAAUCGAAUGGAGAAAUUCCGUCAUGAAGCACGAAUGAAAUUAAUCAAUCAAAAGCUUUUCGAUCCUGAUCGUCCUUUUCGUGAUCUCAUAAUUGAAGAUCAAAUUGAAAAGAGAAAAUUACAAGCCGAUUAUGACCAAUUAGCCGAAGAGAUAAUCAAAUUCGCUGCCGAGAAAAAGUCAGCGGUAUUGUAUUAAAAGCGAAGCGAAAAAAAAAACGUAAAACAAAGACAACUAAUUAACUAUUCUAAACAUUUGGGAUACCUGGUCUCUUGUAAAAUAUUUAAUUCACUCAAAUAAAUUAAUUGUUUACUUUUAA